ACUCGGUAAGUAUCGAGUCCCGUACGCCACAAGAAAGCCUCACCAUCCGAGUUCUUCAAGCUGUCGCAUACAAUGAAAGGAAAGGAACGCUGGUCCUUGCUUGAUGGAGCAGUCUUGCGUCGUCGCCGAUCAGCUCAAGUCGCAAUCGAUCAAUUCCUCGACCGCCUCGUCGACAUCUUCGACUUCCCGCUCGCUCCACCUUCCCACCACGCACCUACAGCAUCAACCCCAAGGAAACGCUCAACUUCAACCGCAGCAGACGCUUACAUGACAAUGGACGGGAGCAUUUCGCCUCGUUCACGCAGUCGUGAGUGUACAAUUGGCGCCUCAAAGAAACCUCGUAAAGUCUCCAUGGCAGAUCGAGUCCGUGAGUUGCUGCUGCACUCCAAGUCAAGAGCACGGAAUUCAGUCAUCUGCAACAACAGCACAAAGUCCAAUGGCACACUCAACGCAAGAGAGCUGAGGAUGUCAUGGUUGCCAGACACGAACAAGACGGUCUCAGAACAACCCCAAGAUGAUCUCUGGGUCGAACACGAUGAACAUGACCGACAACUACAGUGUGGCUAUCAAUGCCUCGCUGACGAAGCUACAAUCUAAGUGUAAAGCAUAAGAAACUGCUUGUUCGUUAAACUUACACAACGUUGCUCUCUCCUUCUUCUGGC